CUCUCUUUUUCUCUCUCUCAUGACCCAAUUGCCAACAAAAAACAAUACUGAGAAGGCCCGGUUGAGCAAUUUGCAACGUUUCAGGUAACAUCCAAUGUAAAAUUACCUUCUGUUCAGGACCCGACCAGACUUAAUAAAAAGGCGGAUCCGGGUCAUACACGCGCGUCUGAUCGGGUUCGGAUCGGAGCGACCGUCUGAAAACCGGGCCCGCCGUCGGGAGCCACCUGUGCUCCCCGGCGUCGCAGCCGCAGAAAGACACCGGCGAAAGGAUCGAACCGUCGGCGACGACGACGGCUCAGCUGUGGCCCCGCAAAUUUCUCUCAAACCCACUCCUUAUCCUCUUUCGCUUCUCUCCGAACCGCUGGCAAUGGCGACCCUCGAAACCGCGCUCUCCAUCUUCUCGGGCCCGUCGUCAUCUCCUCUCCACCCUCGCUCCCCUGCGCACGCCAAGCCGCCGGCCUCCGUCAAGCUUGGGUUCCCUCCGGCGACCCCGCCCUCACAGUCGUCGAGUUCGCCCCGCGCGCAGCUUCGCCAUGCACCCCACAACAGGCGAACCGGGAGACCGUGCCUCGAGCUGUGCUUCGCGGUCCAAGAAGCGGCGGCGGAGACCGAGGCUGACGAGAAGACCCAGGAGCAGAACAUCAAGAAGAAGCUUUACGUGGUCAACUUGCCCUGGUCACUCUCCGUCGACGACAUCAAGAACCUGUUUGGCCAGUGUGGCACUGCCAAAGACGUCGAGAUUAUAAAGCAGAAGGAUGGGAAAAGCAGAGGCUAUGCUUUCGUGACAAUGUCUUCAGGAGAAGAAGCUCAGGCUGUCGUUGACAAAUUCGAUUCAUUUGAAGUCUCUGGGAGGAUUAUCAGAGUAGAGUUUGCAAAGAGAUUUAGGAGACCUCCUCCUCCGCCUCCACCUAACGCUCCCUCCCCUAAGGAGACCCGUCACAAGCUUUAUGUGUCUAAUCUAGCUUGGAAAGUUAGAUCGACACAUCUUCGAGAAUUGUUUUCGGAGAACUUUAAACCCGUGUCAAGUAGAGUGGUUUUUGAAAGCCCUUCUGGUAGAUCUGCCGGCUACGGAUUUGUGUCAUUUGCCACCAGGGAGGAAGCUGAGGCAGCAAUUUCUGCAUUGGAUGGAAAGGAAUUGAUGGGUCGUCCACUUCGUCUAAAAUUUAGCGAAAGGAAUGCUGCCGAAUCUGAAAGUGGAAAUGAAGGGGAGGAAACUUCCGAGGGUCAGCCUGAUAAAUCAUGACCUGCUUUGCUGAUGUGAAGUUCAAAGAUCAUUAACCUGCAAGCAUUAUUUUAUUUACAUCUCUUGUGAAUAUAGCACGGAAUUUCCUUGGUCUGUGCGUUUUAUAGACUCAUCACUUCUUGUAUGGAAAUGUUGCUUAGAGAAGUCGUGAUUCUUUUGUGUUUCCUA